AUGUGGCGAGUGCAUCACCUCAUCGUCCGCGCUUCCCUCGCGAUUCGCACUACCCAAGUUACGAGCGCUGCUGCACUCGCGCAUGCCCUCGUCGCCCGCGCGUCCCCUCGUCGCGCAAUGUUUCCCUCGUCGCAAGCGUUUCCCCUCGCCACGGAGUUUGCCCUCGUCUCCCACGCUCACCCGCGCUCCCCACGCUUACCCGCGUUCCCCGCGCCCCGCGCAUACCCGCGUCACCCACGCUUACCCGCGUCAUCCCCACUUACCCGCGCUUACCCGCGUUUCCCGCGCGUACCCGCGUUUCCCGCGCUUACCCGAGGUCACCCGCGCUUUCCCGCAUCAUCACCGCUUGCCCGCGUCUCGCGCUCUUUCCCGCGUGUGAAAGGCUUACCCGAAUCUCCCCUUUUUCUUCCCUCGUCGCUUGCGUUGCUCCUCAACGCCAUCGCCUCCCGUUGUCGCCUCUGUUUCCCCCAUCCACACACCACCAGCAUUCCCCCCACUUAUCCGCCUCCCUUUCCCCCCCCACACCACCAGCAUUCCCCCCUCCUUCCUCCCUGCUUCCCCACUCCUUCCUCCCUGCUUCCCCACUCCUUCCUCCCUGCUUCCCCACUCCCUCCUCCCUGCUUCCCCACUCCCUCUUCCCUGCUUCCCCACUCCCUCCUCCCUGCUUCCUCCAUCCCUCCGCCCUGCUUCCCCCCUCCCUCCGCCCUGCUUCCAGCUUCCCUCCGCCCUGCUUCCAGCUUCCCUCCGCCCUGCUUCCCCCCUCCCUCCGCCCUGCUUCCCCCCUCCUUCCGCCCUGCUUCCCCACUCCCUCUUCCCUGCUUCCCCACUCCCUCCUCCCUGCUUCCUCCAUCCCUCCGCCCUGCUUCCCCCCUCCCUCCGCCCUGCUUCCGCCCUCCUUCUGCCAUGCUUCCCCCCUCCCUCCGCCCUGCUUCCCCCCUCCCUCCGCCCUGCUUCCGCCCUCCUUCUGCCAUGCUUCCCCCAUCCCUCCGCUCUGCUUCCCCCCUCCCUAUGCCCUGCUUCCCCCCUUCUUCUGCCAUGCUUCCCCCCUCCCUCCGCUCUGCUUCCCCCCUCCCUAUGCCCUGCUUCCCCCCUUCUUCUGCCAUGCUUCCCCCACCCUCCGCCUUGCUUACCGCCACCCUCAGAGAGGUGAGCGCCACGCUUUACAUGAGCCUUCGAUUUCCCCGGCCUGCCCCUCCUCUCUCUCGAUCUCACCAUCUUUCCUCUCCCUCUCCAUGUGCCUUUCCUCUCCCUCCCCAUCUGCCUUUCCUCUCCCUCCCCAUCUGCCUUUCCUCUCCCUCCCCAUGUGGCUUUCCUCUCCCUCCCCAUGUGCCUUUCCUCUCCCUCCCCAUGUGCCUUUCCUCUCCCUCCCCAUCUGCCUUUCCUCUCCCUCCCCAUCUGCCUUUCCUCUCCCUUCCCAUGUGCCUUUCCUCUCCCUCCCCAUGUGGCUUUCCUCUCCCUCCCCAUGUGCCUCUCCUCUCCCUCCCCAUGUGCCUUUCCUCUCCCUCCCCAUCUGCCUCUCCUCUCCCUCCACAUGUGCCUCUCCUCUCCCUCCCCAUGUGCCUCUCCACCCAUUGCUCAUCCCUUUGUUUCCGCUUCAAGCAUGACCAGUUCGGGCUCAGAGGAGUUUGGCAGAGUAAAGGGAGCGCCGCAGGCUCAAGGAAGUGUUGA